AGCAUUGGCGCUAGCUCGCGUUCUUGGAGCGCCGCAAGGCCAUGAGCAGUCCAGAGGCGCUAGAGGCCAAGGCCGAGGAGCCUGAAGACGGCGCUCCUGCCGCAAAGCAUGAACUGCAGCAUCGAUGGUGCCUGUGGGUACACCAACGACCUGGUUCGCAGAAGGACAAGGCCUGGAACGAAAGCCAGCGGGAGGUGCACUCCUUUAACACGGCUGAGGACUUUUGGUGCAUGUUUCACUUCUCCUACCCACCCUCGAAGCUCGAGAAUGUGGACUACUCGCUUUUCAAGCAGGGUGUGGCGCCUGCCUGGGAGGACGCAGCCUUCAAGAACGGAGGCAGAUGGGUGAUCAAGCUGGAAAAGGUGAGGGCCCAGAGCCUGGACGACCUUUGGUUGUCCCUGAGCCUGGCUUUGAUUGGCGAGGCCUUCAUCGAUCAUGGGGGUGAGCUGGUUUGCGGCGCGAUUGUCUCUAUGAGGAGCCGCGCCAGCAAGAUCGCCCUUUGGCUCUCUGCGGCCAAGGAUGAGAAGAAGGUCAUGGCCAUUGGCCGUGAGUACCGAAAUGUCUUGGCGAACUCACCUGGCCUUGCGGAGUUGGCCUCCAAGGAGCUCACGUUUGAGGACUUCCGGAAACAAGCAGUGACCUUCAUUCUCCCCAAGCCCCAGGGAGCCAGUGAACAGACCGCCACGCCUGCAAGAUUGCACGGGAGAUUGAAAGGGAAGUGAGACUUCCGGACCGCACAUUUCCUUUUGCUGCUUUCCUUUUGCCAAUGCCACUUCAUUUUCAGCGACUGGGUGAUAGGUAUG